ACCAGAAACAGGGCAGACAGCGGAUCGUUUCUUUGUUCUUGGCCUGCUGCGCGAAAAAUAAAGCACUGCAAGAAUGGGCAAUGCCGAGUCAACGCAGCCCGAAGCACAUGAUUCAGAUCCGUCCACGGCGAGCGUGGGCGCAACGCUGCCAACGGCGCCCGAUGAGCCCUGGUGGCAGCAGAUUGAGCACGAGAAUUUAAUACUGCAGCAGCUGCCUGCCGAUACUGCAGCCAAAGUGCAGCUGGAGCCGGAGCAAGCCAUAGCCAACAUGGAGACCAAACCGGAGUCAACCGUCGCUGAGCGUGAGCCCACGCUGGAGGAGUUCCGGGAGCAGCUGGCCAGCAAGCGACUGGCACGUCAAACGGCCGUCCAGGAUAUGCGCGAGGAGCUGGUCAGCUUGCGCCAGCAAUUGGCCAAGGAGCAGGCGGAAAAUCAACGUCUGCGCAGGCAGACACAGGGCGAGGCGGCAGCGGAGGGAACUCACCCAGCGCCAGCUGUGGAGGCGCAGCUGGAGGAGCAACUGGAUCCGGAUGAUGAGAAUCCCAGUAGUCGGAGUCGUCAUGCCAACAUUGAGCUGGCCAAUGCACAGCUGGCACUGCAGCUGGCCAAUGCGGAUAAUCUGUCGCUGCGCAGCGAGGUGGAUGUGGUGCAGCGCCAGGUGGGCACCCUCAAGGAGGUCAUCUGCUGCUGCAAGCAGAUGCUCAGCGUCAAGGAGGAGCAGUGUGCACAGCUCAAGAUGAAACUGCAGGAGAUAGAGAACUCGUUCAGCGAGCGCGAAAUGAAGAUCAUGUCCAAUAAUCUGCGCCAGGAGUACGAACGUCAGCUCGUGAAUAUACGACAGCUGCGGCAGCUGUACGAGGAGCGACAACGCGUUGCCGCCGCGGAAUAUGAGAAUUUGCAGCGUCUCAUCUCGAUUAAAAAGGAUGAGCUAAUCGCCGAGCAGGAGAAAACAAAAGGCUUCGAGGAGCGCAAUCAAGAGCUGCUCAAGGAGCUGGAAACAGCCAACGAGCAGCUGGCCAAGCUGCGAGACGAAUGCGCCGAGCACAAGUACGAGAAGCGCGCGCUCAAGGACCAAGUGGGCGCAGUCAAUUUGCUCUUUAGCCAGCUGGUAAUGGGUUUCAAUGGCAAGAAUAAUCUGGAUAUUGAUCGCUUGACACAAAUGCUGGAGGAGAAUCGCGACCUGUUGAACGAGAUGACCCAGGCGGAGGGCAGCUGCAGCGAUGGCGCCACGCUGCCCAAGCUCCUAUUCGAGCUGGUCGAGCAGGCGGCCAAAUCGGGCGACGACGAGCACGAGAGUGACAAAAGUCGCAGUGCAACGCCCACGCCCACGCCCACGCCAAACCCAGAGCAGGCAGCCGGCAGUGAGGUCAGGGCCUUGAGCGGAGACAUCACCGACUGCUCUGUGAGGCCGGAGAGCAGCGGCAGGAAGCAUCGCAGGCGCAUCGGAGGAGGAGGAGGAGGAGGAGGAGUUGGUGGUGCAACCGCUGCGGCUACGUUAAAAAGCCAUGAGCCCGAAAUUAUGGGAAAAGUUGCUACGGCCCAAGAAAUCAUUGGCAACUUGCCAAAAGUUUGGAAAGUGUUGAUGGAGCUCUUGAGUCACCACAAAAUCGAGCGCGUGCAGUUUGAAGAGCAGCCACCAGCACUGGCAGCCACCGAGGAUGCCCACAAGACUGCGGCCACAACAACAACAGCACCAACAACAACUCCAACAACAACAACAACAACAGGAACAACAACGGGAACGGGCAAGGCGCCGGAGCUGAGCGUGAGCAAGACCUACAUCAAGCUGAAGGAUCUGAUUUUGGAAAAGAAAUCGCUGGUUAAGGAAACGAAUCGUCUGAAGACCCUCAACUGUCACUUGGACUACAGGCUGAACGAGCAGGAGAAGCGUUUAAGUGCGGUCAGCUUGGAGCUGACGAAAACCUGGCAUUUGGUUGGUAAAAUGCAGCGUCAGCAUCGCCAGCUGCACACACAGGAGCAGAUAUUGCGCUACCAGCUGCAGCAGAAGCGACGCCUGCUCAGCGAGCUGAAGGACGAGCUGGAAUAUUGUCGACGCAAAUGGGCGGCGGCCCGGGCCAAAAACGACGAAAGCCAGGAACAGUGCAACGAUUGGCGCCGCGAAUUCGCGCGACGCAAACUCGAGGAUGCCAAUCACUCGGCGGAAAGUGGUUACAGCGACUCCGGGCCACAUUCAGACGAGGAUACAGCGCUGGGAGCAGCAGUUGCUGCCGCCGCAGCAGCAGCCGCAGGCGUUGAUGAGGCGGAGACAGCACCGCGUCGCAAACACUUGAGGGAUCAGUUCGAGCACACGCGCAAAAUAAAGCGCAUGCAAAGCACAUCGCCGGGUCGCCAGGCCGCGGCGGCAGCUGCGACUGCCGAAGCCGAGCAGGAGCAGGAUGAGGAGAUUAUUUUGCGCUGGAAUAGCGCGCCGCCCACUUGCGGCUGGCGCGAGGGCAGCGAGUACGAAGAGGACGACAUGGAUGUGGCUGGAUCGUCACGCGGCGCCGUGGCCAAAACCGUGCACAGUUCACGCAGCAGACAGCGCGGCAAAUUGGAGCCCGCCGUCAGCUCGCUGUCGCCCUCUCCGACAGCCACAGACGCGGGCACGGCGAGUCGCAUACAGAAACUGGAGCAACAGUGCCAGUCACUGAUACAGCAGGUGCUGGAAACGAGCGGCAAUCGGGAGCGCCUCGAGGUGCAGCUGUGUCGCUUCCAGGACGAGAUUGCGCCCGUGCAGCAUGCGGUGCCGCUCGAUGAGUUCAUCAAUCGCAAGCGCCUGGAGCGCUUGACGCGCGCCAGCUCCGCUCCAGCCACCGGCGGGGGCGGAGGCAGUCUGACCCCGCGCGAGGAGGAGUACACGCGCAAGCGCUCCGAGCGCCUGGGCCGGCUCGAGGAGGAGUCGCGCCAGCUGCUGUCGCGGAUCAAACGCACCACAGAUCGUGGACACUAUCUGAAGAAGUCGCUGGAUCGCAUUCGACGGGCGCCCAGUCGCGAGGCGAGCUUCGAGAGCAACACCGAGGAGGAGCCCAAGGAGGAGCCGGUCGGAACUCCCCUAACCGCCGAUGAGGAGGCCUACACGACGCGUCGUGCGGCCCGGCUGCAGCGUCUGGAGCAGGAGAGCCAACAGCUGUUGACGCAGCUCUCGCGGAACACGGAGCGCGGCGAGGGUCUGGCCAACAAGCUGGACACGCUGCACGAGCGGCACGAUCAGGAUCGAGCCACAGUCGAGGAACCUACAACCGCUCUCAGCGUGGCCAGCAUCUCGCAGACCGUGGAGCAGCGCCUGGAGGACAUUGAGCGCGUGUCUGCGAAUCGGGCGGAGCGACUGCGUCGCCUGGAACUGGAGGGCGAUGAGCUCAUCGCCCGGCUGAGUCACACAUCCGAGCGCGGCACCGCGAUGAUCAAUCGCAUAGCGAAGCGUGAGGCGACACGGCGCCAGGAGGCGGAGCUGCUGGAGCAAACGCUGCCCGUCGAGGAGCAGGCAACCAGCAGCCUGGACACUGUCCCCAUAGCCAGCACAAGCACCGUGGAGGAACCCAGUGAAGCCGCCUGCUGCGUGACGGUCACGACCAUCGCCAGCCAGCUGGCCAUGCAGCAGUCCACGGGCGCCAUACCAAAGAGCCCAACCAUACCAAGGAGCCAACCCCAAGCGCAGCUGUGCGCCGCAAAGCGUCAUGAGGAUGCCCACAAGAAGCAGCGCAGCAAGGAGACAACGGAGCAGGAGAGGGUCAAAGAUGUGCCAGCUGCCCAGACGGAGACUUUGGAGGACUUGGUGCAACGUCUGCGAGCAUUGCCCUAUGCCGCAGACGCUCAAAGCGAAGUGGUGCAGGUCGAAAGUAGAGAGAAAGAGGAGCCCAAAUGUGGAGACCAGGAGCAGUCCGAAAGUGGAGAGCAGCAGAAGCCGCAGGAGGAGCCUCAGGACCAGCCGCAGGAGGAGCCUCAGGACCAGCCUCAAGAGCAGCCUCAGGAGCAGCCGCAGGAGCAGCAGCAGGAGCAGCAGCAGGAGGAGGAGCAGGCGCAGGAGAAGGAAGGCAAUUGUUAACUUCAAGACUUUCUAUCAGGACUCCAGGGAAGUUCGCUUCUGGUAACAUUUUCUAAUUAUAAAAAAAAAAUCAAUGGGAAUAUCGAAAACUGGAGUACUUUCUACCUUAUCCAAUGCAUGGUAAAAUGAUACACUAUAAAUUUAAUUAUAAACUACGAAUACUCGCUGAUUUACUGCUCAGCCCGAUUCCUAUAGCUAUAUAUGUCAUGCAUAUGUAUGUCAUGCAUAGGUAUGUCAUGCACAUGUAUAUCAUGCACAUGUAUGUUAUGUCAUGCAUAGGUAUGUCAUGCAUAUGUAUGUAUGUCAUGCAUAGGUAUGUCAUGCAUAUGUAUGCCAUGCAUAGGUAUGUCAUGCAUAUGACUGUCAUGCUUAUGGAUGUCAUGCAUAUUAUGUCAUGCAUAGGCAUGUCAUGGAUGUCUAUGUCAUGCAUAUGUAUGUCAUGCAUUUGUAUGUCAUGCAUAGGUAUGUCAUGCAUAUGUAUGUCAUGCAUUUGUACGUCAUGCAUAUGGACAUAUGUCAUGCAUAUGUACGUCAAUUGUGUGCUUUGGGCCUUUCGAUUAAAUACGCAAAAUAAAUAAAUGUUUACUAUAAA